AUGGCUCACCUCGACUUUUGCGCACCCUCCACCGUCGGCAAGAAGUUUCAAGAACAGUUCCACUUCAGCCAGUCAGUCCGGAUAGGUGACCGUAUCGAGACAUCCGGUCAUGGUGGCAGCAAUCGCGAGACUGGCAAGUUGCCGGAGUCAGUAUCAGCACAGAUCGCGGGCGCAUUCCGAAAUAUACAAGGCGCGUUGAUCGAUGCCGGUGGAGAGGGCUGGAACCAGGUUUACCAAGUUCGAUCGUACCACGUAAAUAUGAAUUUAGAGGCAGCGAAAUUGAUGGUUGUGUGUCUGCGGAAAUGGUGUCCAGAUCACAAGCCGCUGUGGACCGCGGUUGGCGUUGAUAAGUUGGCUGGGCCGGGGAUGAAGGUUAUGAUUGAGGUCGUCGCGCAUUCUGAAAAGUAA